UCCCUCCAUUCACAGAGAAGCUGUGGGCUCAGACCUCUCUCCUCCCUGAGUGAGCUCCAUCUCUCUGUUUACUGCUGCUGUGUGACGGAAACUGCAGCUCGCAGCUGAUCCUCGUCUCUCACGUCUCUUUAUUUCUUUUAUUUCAGCUGAGACAAGUCGACCGCUGUGACUUUUCUGCGUCGCCACCAAACUUCUGUCGGACUUAAAGUGGUUUCCGGAGCGGCCGUCCUGAGGAGCAACGGGUCCUGGAAGACUGAGAGAGACGGAGAGCUGCUCACAGAGACUCUGCAGGAUUUAGAGGGUGGGGGCUGCUGUGGGUCGGGGUCAGACAGACACUCCGGGAGAGGCCGACAGGUAGAAAGGUAGACGGAGGCAGAUCAAAUUUAAAAAUUGCCUACCAUCAUCCUCCUCUUCUCCCCUGGACCACGAUGGGUUCAGACCUACGUGACCUGAACUCCCUGCUGCCCCCUCUCCCGGCGGGCCCCAGCCCCGGGUGCCCGGCCCUGCCCGUCAGCACGGCCCCUCAGUGGGCUCCCGUCCUGGACUUCCACACCGCCGCCUCCCCUUACUCCUCCCUGGCUGCCCCCCACACCCCCCUGGGGUCCCACUCCUUCAUUAAGCAGGAGCCCACCUGGGGAACCACGGUGGACCCCCACCACCACGAAGCCGACCCCCACUGUGGCCUCAGCGCCUUCACCGUCCACUUCUCGGGCCAGUUCACGGGCACGGGGGCCUGCAGGUACGGGGCAGCGUUCGGGGCGCCCCCUCCUCCGCCGACCUCCAGCCAACCGCCGCCUGUGACGGCUCCGCACCAUCACCAGCCCCCCAGCAGGAUGUUCAGCAACCCGCCAUACCUGACCAACUGCAUGGACACACAGCAGGCGGCCCGCAACCAGACAGGUUACAGCACAGUUGCGUUCGAUGGACCCGGGAAUUACGGCCACACUCCAACGCACCACAGCUCACAGUUCUCCAACCACACCUUCAAACACGAGGACGCUUUAACUCAGCAGAACACAAUGGAAUCCUGCGAAGUUUUCCCGCUGCUCCACACGUUGGUGGUUCAGGGCAGGAGAUUAGGACGGAGACACGCAGACAAUUUAUAUCAAAUGACCUCUCAGUUGGAGUGUGUGGCAUGGAACCCUGUCAAUACACUGGCCUCCACCAUGAAGAGCCACGCAGCAGGAUACGACAGUGACCCCAACACCCCGAUGGUGUACAGCUGCAGCACACAGUACCGCAUACACACACACGGAGUCUUCAGGGGAAUCCAGGACGUGAGGCGGGUGCCCAGCAUCGCUCCGGCCAUCGUGCGCUCCGAGACCAGCGAGAAGCGACCGUUCAUGUGCGCCUACCCAGGAUGCAACAAGCGCUACUUCAAGCUGUCACACUUGCAGAUGCACAGUCGUAAACACACAGGGGAGAAACCGUACCAGUGUGAGUUCACAGACUGCGGCCGGAGGUUUUCCCGCUCCGACCAGCUCAAACGACACCAGAGGAGACACACAGGAGUUAAACCCUUCCAAUGCGAGACGUGUCAGAGAAAGUUCUCUCGGUCUGACCACCUUAAGACACACACCCGGACUCAUACAGGCGAGAAGCCGUUUAACUGCCGGUGGCCAAACUGCCAGAAGAAGUUCGCCCGGAGCGACGAGCUGGUGCGACACCACAACAUGCACCAGAGGAACCUCACCAAGCUGCAGCUCGCCAUCUGAACCCCUGAGUCCAGGUCCACGUCCCCAGUUCUACACACGUGAACAUCUGGGUCACAUCUGCUUUUAUUUUCUGCCGACCUCCCUGUGCACCUGACAAACCAGCCUGCGUGAAAUCCAGCCGGGUCCUGAUGGUUGUUUAUCGUUUAGACUUUAAUAACUAGAAUCCACAUCCUGCGUUCAGAGGUCGUUUUAAAAAAACAGAAUAAAAUAGUUCUUGACUUCAGCUGCAAGUGUUUACACAUUUGAUAAACCUGCUGUUUCUUGAAGAUGUAAAUUAUACAAACAGGUUUUAUCUUCGCAGACUUCGUAGAAUCACUUCAAUCUUGGUUUUGGACUUUUCCUCAGAUCUGUUGGCAUCACCCGACCUGUCCGCUCAAUAAAUGUUUCCUCUGGAUUUUAAUUUUCAUUCCCUUGAGUCAGUCAGCACACGAGUUCCUCCAGGUUUUACUAACUGCACUGUGUCAGGUAGAUGUAAAUAUAAAAAUGUACUCACCCUCCGUCAGAUCUGCAUUUACUUUAUAAGGCCCUCUUGUCCCGCUCUUCUAAUCCGCUCCAGAAGGAACACUGGUAACUUUCCUCGUCAUGGUGCUAAAGAAUCCGCCGACUUUACUCUGAUGUAAUAUCUCGUUCAACCAUCAGCACGGAGGUCAAAGGUGACGGUCGGGCACGUUGGCUGCAGCUCAGCUUCUUCUCAGCCGCUGUAAAUAUCUCUUUACGUUGAACGAUGGCUUAUUUAUUAUCCGUUCAUGACAAAAAUAGCUUCCACUGGAUUGAUUCAAAAGGAGAAAGGUGUCAUUCAUUCAUUCAGCGUUAAACUAAAAAAGCUUGAAUUUGAAAAAAAAGAUCAAAUUGAUUAAUCCGACACCUCAUACAGUGUUUUGUCUCGUCAGCAUUAAAACACACUUUGCGAACACAGGCGCGUCUUCACGGUUGUAUAUUUUGUUUUUGCGUGUUGUGAAAAGUGGAUCUUUUUUCUCGCAGCGCCCUCGGAGGUCGACGGUAGAGUCUCUCGUCUCCGUCGUGUGUAAAUAUUAGCUGGACUCUUGACAGCGAGCUCUGACGCGUGUCUGCUGGGUCACACCGGCUCUGCGGCCGCGUCGUGGUGGUCGAGAUGUAAAUAAAAAAAAAAAAA